AUGACAGCAGUUUCCGGUGACGAUGCAACGCUGCUGGUACGUCUCCGGGCUGAGAUCGCCAUGGCCGAGACGCAGUUGCAACGCAGCCGUGCAACGCAGCGUGUCUGCGAUGCUGCAUGCGACCUCGUCGCCAGCAGCAACAAGGGAAAUGGCACAAUAAGCAGCAAGGAGAAGGAGGGGUCGCCUGAGGUGUCGCAGCAACAUGCCAGCGCGGCAGAGCCUUCCCUGGUGACGUCCGGCAGCGCAUUUGGAAUGCGUCGUGCAGGCGCCACGCACUCGCUGCCGCCCACAGAACCGCUGCCACAGUGCAAAACGGGAACACUGCUUCACCUCGUCAAGGGCUCCUUCGGCAGCAAGAAGUUCGUGUCACACUUUAUCGUAAUUGAGGAGCAGCACGGUGUCGCGUGGUACCAGAGCGAGGCACACUUCCGCUCCGCUCCGGCGAGUCCGCUGGGGCGCGUGCCGUUCUGGACGGAGAUGCGGAACUCACGCGGCAGCCGCUUCAAGAAGGCGGCUGUGUGCUGGCCGCUGAUACUGCCGGAAGACUGCCCAAAGGCUGAUGACCCGACAAAGACAUAUUUUGCAAUUGAGUACCUUAACGAGAAGAAUGCACUCUCUAAACAUAUAUUCGCCGCUGAGAGUGAGGCGGAGCGUGACAACUGGGUGUUCUUCAUCACGCAGUUCAUCGAGAUGUUUUUGGCGCCGCGUGCGGAGUCGGAGGAGUUGCAGCACCUCCGGCGCGGCGCAAAGAUCCCUCAGCACUACUCAGAGGUGAUCGAUGGCGAGGCUCCGGGCGGCACAGUGCCAUGA